AUGACAGAGAGGUUCAAUGGGACCCUGAAAACUGCAUUGGCAAUGUAUACAAACAGCAAGAAAGAUGACUGGGACGAUCAUUUAAGAGACAUUGUGUUGGCUUAUAGGACAACCCCACAUUCGAUUACUAAAGAAACACCUGCGUUCCUAAUGACCGGCAGGGAAUUCAACGUGGCGCCAGGAGCAUUGAAACCUCCAACUCGGAUGUAUUCCACCGAUUUUGUAAAUGAACGGGAAAAUGCACUGAGAGAAGCAUAUACUCUGGUCAGAGAGCUGAAUCAUAAAGAAAAAGAGCGACAGAAAACUGUUCAUGAUAAAAGAGUCACAGCUGAAGAUCACCAGUAUUCAGUUGGCGAUAUGGUGUAUUUAAAGAACCACGAUAAAAGGCAAAGUACGGGUUUAAAUCUGCAACAUUGGCUUGGACCAUAUAAAAUACAACGUGUCAUAUCAAGCGAGAAUGUUGAGUUAGAUUUGAAGGAUUCCAGAAGAAACAGGAUUGUUCACGUGGAUCAACUGAAAAGGUGCACAAUGGAGCAGAUGGACAAGGUCAAAGACAGAGUCAGAACGGUCUUGGACAAGAUGAGACAGAGAAACCAAAAGGGAAGAUUGGAAACAAAGUUUUUCGUUGAGCUAGAUGAUGGUGAGACCUUAUGGGUACCUUCAGAAAGUGUAGCAGACCGAUUGAUCGAGGAAUUUGAACAGUCUUUGAAUGUGAAGAAAUAG